CAAGGAUGACUGACUGACUAACCGACUGUCUGUAUGACUGACUGUCUGACUGAUGAGGUGACUGACUUGAAUAGUUAUUAUAAAAGCUAAUAGCUGGACCUCAGCCUCAGAGGAGAGAGAGACAAGAAGAAAGACUCCUCAGCAUUCAUACCCUGGAUAUUCACCAAUUAUUUGAGUUCUGUGAAUAUGGUUCGUCCUUCCCGCCCCAGCAGUCACCGCCACUGUGACAGCUGUUUCAGCCAGUGCUGCAAGGCCCCUGUGGAGAUCUCGGUGUCAUGUGUGCUCAUCCCCUGCCGCCUACAGUGCGGCGCCCUCUUUCACCUGUGCAAAGAGGAGGAGCAUGCGCUACUCUGCCCCAAUGAGAGGGUGCCGUGCUUAAACGCGGGCUUCGGCUGUCCAAUCAGCAUGCCCCGUUCCUGGCUGGCGGCCCACCUGCAGGUCUGUCCAGCCAGCGUGGUGUGCUGCUCCAUGGAGUGGAACCGCUGGCCAGCCGAGGACGCCCAGUCACACACACAUUCGGCCCUGCAGGAUAACCUAGUGAAGGAAGAGGAGGAGGGGGGAGGACACGGUGAGGCGCUGGACCUGGCCAUGGCUCUGAGAGAUCAGCACCAUUUGUUCCACUCCCUGAAGAUGAAGAAUCUCUUCCCUGAGCUGAUUGAGAGGGUGGAAGUGGAGGAGAGGGAGGAGCAGAGGAGAAGGGAGGGGAGGAGGAGGGAGAAGGAAGAGAAGGAGAGGGAGGCCCUGGAGGCACAGGGAGUGGAUGGAGGACUGUCUUUCCCUAACAGGGUUGGCUGUGUGUCUCCUGCUGAUCGAGGAUGGUAUGGACCCCUACCUGAGGAUAUUCAGGAGGCGGUUAGGGAGAGGGACAGAGAGAGGGAGGAGGAGAUAGAGUUGACCCAGGAGGAGAGGGAGGAGCUGGCCAGGGGAAGGGUGGUAGGAUCAGAGGGCCCGGUUGCCUACGUUUGGGAGCGCAUGUUUAACAUGGAGAGGGGAGGCUGCAUGAUAGCUGAGGCUAACCAAGAGGCAGAGGCAAGGGGCAGAGGUCAGGGUCAAGCAUCAGGAGUUAGAGGUCAAGAGAUGGAGUCACAUCAAUCACAGACCCUGACCACCACAGGGACACACGCACUUAAUGACACACACACACACACAGACAAACGCCCCAACCCCCAGUGUGUGGCCUGUCUGGCCGGCACUAAGAAGAAGCAGAUGUAUUACUACAACCAGCUGGAGCCCAUGAAAAUCAACACAGUGAGGACCUUUAAGAUUCCCACCAGCUUCACGGCCAAACACACACGCAUCAGGAACCCCGGACACCGGAAGAGGGUGGAUACGGCCGUGGACACCAGCGACCUAGGGGUGGAGCCACAGGACAUGCCUAUCUGGGAGGAGGUGCAGGCCAGUCUGCUGUGUUCUCUGGAGAAGGAGCAGAGGGGUCACCUGAUUGCUGAGUCACAGUCAAGCGACGCCCUCCUGAGCGACACAGGGACGCAGACCUACGCCUUCCUGUCAGCUCCGUUCGGUCGUGACACUUCAUUGGCCAGUCUGACGGAGGACCGCCCCCUCCAGCUCCACCUCCAGCUGCAGGCGAAGGGUGUGACAGCCCGACACAACAAGUCUAGCUCCGCCUUCACCUUUCUCUGUGGACACACCUUUCAACGCAGAGAGUUCCCCAAACACUUCAGGAACGUGCACACCGACAUACAGAUGUGUGCUAGUGGCUGGUUUGAGCAGAGGUGUCCCCUAGCCUACCUGGGCUGCACUUUCAGCCAGAGGAGGUUCCAGCCCUCCACACACACUGCCACUGUCACCUACAACAAAGAGCUUAGUAGCUUCAGCCUGAGACCCACGGUCCCUGCCUCUCUAAAUGAGGAACCCCAAUAUUCCAAGUCCCAGCCUGCUCCAGAACCAGUCUCAAACAUCAGGAGGCGAAGGUCGAGGGGUGGAGGUGGAGGGGACCAGGACUCUCUGAGCUCUCUGCCCUAUGAGGUGCUGUACCACAUGGCCAGCUUCCUGGACAGCCUUUCCCUGUCCCAACUGGCCCUGGUGUCCCACCUCAUGAGGGAGGUGUGUUCCUCUCUGCUGCACGACAGGGGGAUGGUCUCCCUCCUCUGGGAGAAGAAGACCUAUAAGACUGGCAUGGCCAAGUGGAAGGCCAAGAAGGUGGUGUGGCAGUUCAGUACUCUGUUCUCUCCAGUAGAAGCAUGGUGCUUUGACAACAAUGUACCCUCCAUGUCAGACCACCUGAAGGUGUGCCCUUACUACGAGAUGGAGCCCAGGACCGAGCGUGUGCUCCUGCCUCACAUUGUCAACAACAAAAUGAACACAGACACACAAAGCAACAGCAAAAGUCUGGUCACCCUGUUCCAGAAGAAUAUUUGAAUAGUGUUUCAUAAGAUUUAAUAGUGGUUCAUAAGGUUUGAAUAGUGGCUCAUUUGUGCUGCACUUACAAUCCUCUACCCUGAGUGCCAGUCUGUUUGUGCCAUCAUCCUUGUCACUCAUUGUCAUGCCAAACAUGUAUGGCUUGACAAUAACAGCAAUAGAGUUGGCAAGAGCUUAAACAUAUCUGGGACCAAGUUAGCGAUCUACUUAAAGAGCCACUGAACAUGCUGAUUGGCAUGUGUGUUUUUCUGUUGCUCAUUAGAAAAAUUAGAUUUCAGUCUUGGAAGUGCGUUUCCUGACCGAUUCUGCACUUGGUUAAGGAUGUUUGUCCCCCAUGACACACUGCGGAAGCCUAUUUCACUUCCUCAAAAUCCCCAGAAUAAAUCUAAGAUAACUCAAGAAAUCUGUAAUAUAUUUUUACAUUUUUGCUAAGGAUGUUUUAGUUGCGCAAUUCUACAUCUAACUAAGAUGUUUGAUGCAGUAUUUCUCAAGUUUAAAAAAAUGUGCAACGUGUUGUCUUGUGUAAACAAAGUCUGAGCAGCUGGGCAGAUCUGUCUCGUAGUCUAUGCUAUUGUAUAGAGAGCAAUCACCGCAGCUGUUCACCCCAUGUUAGUGGGCAAAUUGACAUCUUCAAAUUAAAACCCAAACUUUAUUAAUUUACCCGUGGUGAAGCACAGAUGUUCCAAACCGUCAGACUGGGAGUGCAACUGGUCAACUGGAGUCAUGUGCAGGAGAGCAGAGAUGAGUGAACAGGCACACUUUAAUUGGCAGAAGCACAUCAGUUGGACGCAACAGCGUCACAACACUCCAGCCUAAGGCAAAAACGAAUAGAGCACAAAUAAUGAACAACAAUACAAUAACACAGGUUCAAAACAAUACCCGGAAAAACCCAGCCUGCCGCGUCACACAAUAAACGUAACGAACAAUUACACACACAGACAUGGGGGGGAACAGAGGAUAAUAUACACGUAGAGUGAUGAGGGGGAUGUAAACCUGGUGUGCGGAAAAACAAGACAAAACAAAUGGAAAAUGAAAGGUAGAGCGGCGAUGGCUAGAAGACCGGUGACGUCGACCGCCGAGCGCUGCCUGAACAAGGAAAGGAGCCGACUUCGGCGGGAGUCGUGACACAAACUCCGUUUUAGAGUACAGCACACAUUUUGUUGUAACCCCGGACAAAAACACUUUUCUGCCCUGCUAGAACUGCCCCGGUCAUAAUUUAAUAUUCUUUUAACUAGGCAAGUGGAAAGUGGAAACGUCUAGGAGCAACAGUGGUUCAGCCGCGAAGUGGUAGACCACACAAGCUCACAGAACGGGACCACCAGGUGCUGUUCUCUGGAUGAAUGAAUCAUCUGGCACCAUCUCCAACUGACAAAUCUGGGUUUGGUGGAUGCCAGAAGAAUACUACCUGCCCGAAUGCAUCGUGCCAACUGUAAAGUUUGGUGGAGGGGUAAUAAUGGUCUGGGGCUUUUUUUCAUGGUUCGGGCUAGUCCCCUUAGUUCCAGUGAAGGGAAAUCUUAAUGCUACAACAUACAAUGAAAUUCUAGAUGAUUCUGUGCUUCCAACUUGACUGGCCUGCACAGAACCCUAACCUCAACCCCAUCAAACACUGUUGGAAUGAAUUGGAAAGCCAACUGCGAGCCAGGCAUAAUCGCCCAACAUCAGUGCCCGACCUCACUAAUGCUUUGUGGCUGAACAGAAGCAAAUCUCUGCAGCAAUGUUCCAACAUCUAGUGGAAUGCCUUCCAAGAAGAGUGGAGGCUGUUAUAGUAGCAAAGGAGGGACCAACUCCAUAUUAAAUGCCCAUGAUUUUGGAUUGACAUAUUUGACGAGCAGGCGUCCAAAUACUUUUGGUUAUGUAAUGUACAUAUACACCAUUUCCAGCCUUUCACAAUCAAAUAAUUAGACUUCCCACAAUUGAUCAUCAUUACACUAUUGUUCUAAAUUCAAUCAUCCUCUUUACCCUCAUCAUUCAGAUAAAUCAAAUUCAAUCACCUUCUUCACCCUCCACCAUCAGAUUCUAUCUGGUUUCUAUCACCCAUUCAUCCGUUGAUGACAGAAUAGCAUAUUUAAAUUGUAUAUUUAUUAUGUUACUAGUUUUUGCUUAGUAGCCAGAGCAAUGCAGCCUCGUGAGUGUUCGUGCGUUUAUGCAAGGACAGCAUGGAUAUAGAGCUGCACCUCUUGAAUUUUGAGUUAUUUGACAAAGGUUAGUGUCAUAAAAACUGCAGAAUAUGCUAUUUUUUUUACUAUAUAGAAAUCAAAAUGUUUUAAAUGGAUGUAACUCCGAAGGAGGAUUUGAUAAAGUGAUGCUCCUCUCUCUGCAUCUGUAAAUUAGAAUAGAAUAAAACAUUAGUGUCCAUCCAGAAUGGACAUUUUGCUUUGGCAUCACAUGACUUUCAAAGGAUUGCAUACGCAUACGUUCUCACAUCAUACACAUGUAAACCAGUCAGUCCAUCAUAUUGCAUACACUAAAAAUAUAGAAGACAUUCAUACAUUUACUCACAACUGACCACUGUCCCAACUGCACUGGAUAGAUAAGUACACAUAGCGAUACAAUUUACAUUGCAUUUAGUAGUCCAACAGCAUAAGGAACGAAUGAAUGUUUGAACACAUUCUUCUUGGCCAUAGGCAUUCUGAAGGGCAGCCAGAGAGAAGCCUCUUGAACUGAGGGUGUAGAGAGCCGGAAGGGUCGCCAAUGACUGACGGUGCCUUCUUUUUGGCUUCUGGAACAGUUGGCUGCUGGCUGUGUUUACUCUUCUUGUUAGUUUGCGUUUGCUCCUCACGCUCAGAUUACCGUACCAGACUGUCAAAUUUUUAAUUUAAAAUUUAUUUCAUCUUUAUUUAAACAGGUAGGCAAGUUGAGAACAAGUUCUCAUUUACAACUGCGACCUGGCCAUAAUAAAGCAAAGCAGUUCGACACAUACAAAAACACAGUUACACAUGGAGUAAACACAGAGUCAAUAAUACAGUAGAAAAACUAGUCUAUAUACAAUGUGUCCAAAUGAGGUGAGAUAGGGGAGGUAAGGCAACAAAUAGGCCAUGGUGGCGAAGUAAAUACAAUAUAGCAAUUAAACACUGGAAUGGUAGAUGUGUAGAAGAUGUAUGUGCAAAGUAAAAAAUACUAGGGUGCAAAGGAGCAAGAUAGGCUAUGGGCUAUGUACAGGUGCAGUAAUCUGUGAGCUGCUCUGACAGCUUGUGCUUAAAGUUAGUGAGGGAGAUAUGAGUCUCCAGUUUCAGUGAUUUUUGUAGUUCGUUCCAGUCAUUGGCAGCAGAGAACUGGAAGGAGAGGUGGCCAAAGGAGGAGUUGGCUUUGGGGUGACCAGUGAGAUAUAUCUGCUGGAGCGCGUGCUACGGGUGGGUGCUGCUAUGGUGACCAGUGAGCUGAGAUAAGGCGGGGCUUUACCUAGCAGGGUCUUGUAGAUGACCUGAAGCCAGUGGGUUUGGCGACGAGUAUGAAGCGAAGGCCUGCCAAUGAGAGAGGACAGGUCGAAGUGGUGGGUAGUAUAUGGGGCUUUGGUGACAAAAUGGAUGGAGCUGUGAUAGACUGCAUCCAAUUUUUUGAGUAGAGUGUUGGAGGCUAUUUUGUAAAUGACAUCGCUGAAGUCGAGGAUCGGUAGGAAGGUCAGUUUUACAAGGGUAUGUUUGGCAACAUGAGUAAAGGAUGCUUUGUUGCGAAAUAGGAAGCCAAUUCUAGAUUUCAUUUUGGAUUGGAGAUGUUUAAUGUGAGUCUGGACGGAGAGUUUACAGUCUAACCAGACACCUAGGUAUUUGUAGUUGUUCAGAUAUUCUAAGUCAGAACAGUCCAGAGUAGUGAUGCUGGACUGGCGGGCAGGUGCGGGCAGCGAUCGGUUGAAGUGCAUGCAUGUAGUUUUACUUGUAUUUAAGAGCAGUUGAAGGCCAUGGACUGAGAGUUGUAUGGCAUUGAAGCUGGUCUGGAGGGUUGUUAACACUGUGUCCAAAGAAGAGCCAGAAGUAUACAGAAUGGUGUCGUCUGUAUAGAGGUGGAUCAGAGACUCACCAGCAGCAAUCAUUGAUGUAAACAGAGAAAAGAGUCGGCCCAAGAAUUGAACCCUGUGGCACCCUCAGAGACUGCCAGAGGCCCGGACAACAGGCCCUCCGAUAUGAACACUGGUGUCGUCUGAACACUGAACUCUAUCGGAGAAGUAGGUGGUGAACCAGGCGAGGCAAUCAUUUGAGAAACCAAGGCUGUUGAGUCUGCCGAUAAGAAUGUGGUGAUUGACAGAGUUGAAAGCCUUGGCCAGGUAGAUGAAAACGGCUGCACAGUAUUGUUUCUUAUCAAUGUCGGUUAUGAAAUCGUUUAGGACCUUGAGCGUGGCUGGGGUGCACCCAUGACCAACUCUGAAACCAGAUUGCAUAGCGGAGAAGGUACGGUGGGAUUCAAAAUGGUCAGUAAUCUGUUUGUUAACUUGGUUUUCGAAGACCUUAGAAAGGCAGGAUAGGAUAGAUAUAGGUCUGUAGCAGUUUGAGUCAAGACUUGCCCCCCCCCCCUUUGAAGAGGGGGAUGACCGCAGCUGCUAGCAAUCUUUAGGAAUAUCAGACGACACGAAAGAGAGGUUGAACAAGCUAGUAAUAGGGGUUGCAACAAUUUUGGCAGAUAAUUUUAGAAUGAAAGGUUCCAGAUUGUCUAGCCCGGCUGAUUUGUAGAUGUCCAGAUUUUGCAGCUCUUUCAGAACAUCAGCUAUCUGGAUUUGGGAGAAGGAGAAUGGGGAGGCUUGGGCGAGUUGCUGUGGGGGGUGCAGGGCUGUUGACCGGAGUAGGGGUAGCCAGGUGGAAAGAAUGGCCAGCCGUAGAAAAAAUGCUUCUUGAAAUGAUCAAUUAUAGUGGAUUUAUCAGUGGUGACAGUGUUUCCUAGCCUCAGUACAGUGGGCAGCUGGGAGGAGGUGCUCUUAUUCUCCAUGGACUUUACAGUGUCCCAGAAAUUUUUUGUAUUUGUGUUUCAGGAAGCAAAUUUCUGCUUGAAAAAGCUAGCCUUUCCUAACUGCCUGUGUAUAUUGGUUCCUGACUUCCCUGAAAAGUUCCAUAUCACGGGGGCUGUUUGAUGCUAAUGCAGAACGCCACAGGAUGUUUUGUGCUGGUCAAGGGCAGUCAGAUCUGGAGAAAACCAAGGGCAAUAUCUGUUCCUGGUUCUAAAUCUCUUGAGUGGGGCAUGCAUUUUUAACCAGGUGUCCUCUACUGAUGGGAUGAGGUCAAUAUCCAGGAUACCCGGGCCAGGUCGAUUAGAAAGGCCUGCGUGCUGAAGUGUUUCAGGGAGCGUUUGACAGUGAUGAGGAGAGGUCGUUUGACCGCAGACCCAUUACGGAUGCUGGCAAUGAGGCAGUGAUCGCUGAGAUCUUGGUUGAAAACAGCAGAGGUGUAUUUAGAGGGCAAGUUGAGGGUGCCCAUGAGGGUGCCCAUGUUUACAGUUUUGGGGUUGUACCUGGUAGGUUCAUUGAUAAUUUGUGUGAGAUUGAGGGCAUCAAGCUUCGAUUGUAGGAUGGCCGGGGUGUUAAGUAUGUCCCAGUUUAGGUCACCUAGCAGCACGAGCUCUGAAGAUAGGGGGUCAGAGGGUAGAAGUCACAAAGUAGAAGUUCAAAUUGUUUGGGUACAGACCUGGAUAGUAGGACAGAACUCUGCAGGCCAUCUCUGCAGUAGAUUGCAACACUGCCCCCCUAUCUUGUCUGAAAAUGUUGUAGUUAGGGAUGGAGAUUUCAGGGUUUUUGGUGGUCUUGCUAAGCCAGGAUUCAGAAAUGGCUAGGACAUCCAGGUUGGCAGAGUGUGCUAAAGCAGUGAAUAAAACAAACUUAAGGAGGAGGCUUCUAAUGUUAACAUGCAUAAAACCAAGGCUUGUACGGUUACAGAAGUCAUCAAAAGAGAGUGAAUGGGGAAUAGGAGUGGAGCUAGGGCCUGGAUUCACCUCUACAUCGCCAGAGGAACAGAGGAGGAGUAGGAUAAGGGUGCGGCUAAAAGCUAUAAGGGCUGGUCGUCUAGGACGUCCAGAACAGAGAAUAAAAGGAGCAUGUUUCUGGGGGCGAUUAAAAUGAUUCAAGGUAUAAUGUACAGACAAAGGUAUGGUAGGAUGUGAAUAGAGUGGAGGUAAACCUAAGCAAUGAGUGAUGAUGAGAGAGAUAUUGUCUCUAGAAACAUCAUUGAAACCUGGUGAUGUCAUCGGAUGUGUGGGUAGUGGAACUGAAGGGUUGGAUAAGGUAUAUUGAGCAGGGUUAGAGGCUCUACAGUGAAAUAAGACAAUAAACACUAACCAAUAUUGAAUUUGAGGAUACUCUCCACCAAGCUGCUGUACACCAUCUCCAGAACAUCCUGGCUGACCCCAAACCGCUUCCAUUUCCUGAUUAAAAACAGCCGCUGGUUUGCCUUACAAUAUAUUUGAUUAGUAAUAUAGUUAUAGUAAAUAAAACAGUCACAUAAGAUCUUAUUUUUACAAAGUAAAACAUAAAAGCGCUGCUGAAGGGUGAAGAUCCCUCAAAUGUUAAUAACUAUCGUCAUAUCGCCAAACUCCCUAUCCUGGCCAAAGUCUAUGAAUCCACCAUAGUGAACUCACAGUUAAAAACUUCUUAAUUGAAAGAACAUACUGACUGGGCUUUAUAAUCGGGGCACAGCACCACAACUGCAGCUAUGGCAGUGGAAAAUUACAUAAUUAAUGCACUUGAUAAAAAGCAACAUUGUGCUGCUUUGUUUGUGGAUUUAUCAAAGGCCUUUGAUUCAGUUGACCAUGAAUUGUUGCUAGCUAGAAUCAGAAACAUUGGUCUCAGUGAAGGGGCAGUAAAUUGGUUGUGGAAUUAUUUUUCUGACAGAACACAAUGUGUAUAUACUGACAAUCACAAAUGUAGCUUCCUUGAGAUUAUUAUAGGUGUGCCCCAGGGUUCCAUACUAGCCCCAGUGUUGUUCUAAAUUUGUAUUAAUGAUUUGGGAAAUGGGAUGCAACUGGCAAAAUUACAUCUAUAUGCAGAUGAUACAGUCAUAUGUACAUGUGCUCCUUCUCUGGUUCAGGCUUUUGAAGAGCUCCAUACUGCUUUUCAGUCACUGCAGGCCUCCCUUAAUGGUCUCAAACUGGUCUUGAAUGUACAAAACCUAAAUUCAUGACCUUUAACAGUUAGAACUCAAAGAAGGUUAGCAUUGUCACAUCUGGUGGCUUAUCCAUUGAAAAAGUGUCCUCCCACAAAUAUCUAGGUAUUUGGUUGGAUGACAAGUUAUCCUUUAAAGUUCAUGUGGAUAAUCUUGUGACAAAGCUUAAAUUGAAAUUGUUUUUUUAUCAUCAUAAUAAGGCUUGCUUCCCGCUUAUGGCUAGAAAGAAGCUUGUUCAGGCCACUUUUCCCUCUGUCAUUAAUUAUGGUGACUUGUUGAAUAUGCAUGCAGCCUCCUCUGUCUUACAGAGACUGGACUCUGUUUAUCACUCAUCCUUGCGCUUUAUUACAAUGCCAAGUCACUCACCCACCGCUACACCUUGUACCAAAUGGUACAGUGGACCUCACUUUAUAUGCGCAGAAAGAUACAUUUGUAUGUGUUCAUCUACAAAGCCCUUUUGGGUAAACUCCCUCUUUACCUCUAGUCUGCUCUCCUUCACCACCAGCAUUUACCAUACCCAGUCUGCUAGGUGGUUGCUAGUAAAGUCCCCAGGACAUUCACAGUAUUAGACAAGACUGCCUCCUCUUCUUGUGCACCAGACACAUGGAAUAUUCUACAAUCCAUGCUUCAUCGAGAUAUGUUAGUGCCACUGAAUGAAUUUAAAAUAUUGAUGGGACACUCUGUUACAGAGGAGUGUAAUGCUUGUUGUAGGCUGGAUCAUGUUGUAUUGUAUUGUUGUAUGUUUUAAUAAUGUAAUGCAUUGAUUGUUGCUGCCUUCUUGGCCAGGUCUCCCUUGAAAAAGAGACUCUGUUUCUCAGUGGGCUUUCCUGGUUAAAUACAGGUUAAAUAAAGAAAAGAGAAUGGUACAAACCG